AUGGAACGUGCUCCUCAGGAACAUGUACGUGCGAUUCAGGCUAUUCGGGAGAUCACUGUGAUCAAUCUACAGCAUGCACGGACGACACUGAAUGCAUUCACGGCACUUGUUCAUCAGGGACAUGUACUUGCGAUACAGGCUAUUCGGGAGAUCACUGUGAUCUGUCAUGUGCGGAAGAUGCAGACUGCGUUCAUGGAACUUGCUCUUCGGGAACAUGUACCUGUGAUACCGGCUAUUCUGGAGAUCAUUGUGACCAAGCUUGUACGGACGACACUCAAUGCGUUCAUGGUACUUGCUCAUCAGGAACAUGUACGUGCGAUUCAGGCUAUUCGGGAGAUCACUGUGAUCAAUCAUGUAUGGAAGAUACAGACUGCGUUCAUGGAACGUGCUCCUCAGGAACAUGCACUUGUGACACAGGCUAUUUCGGGGAUCACUGUAACCAUGCAUGUGUGGAAGAUAGAGACAGCGGUCAUGGAACGUGCUCCUCAGGAACAUGCACUUGUGACACAGGCUAUAUAG